CGCAUGUGUUGUAAACAAACAUGGCGGCAAAUCAAAAUGUGAAAUAAGAAUUUUCUAAACAUAUAGCGUUUCCAGUAAUAAAACCACAUUUUCAAUAUUGACAGUCCAGUUUUUGAGAAGAAUUACAACAUGGCACAAUUGUGGCAGCAUCCGUAUGUAAAUGUCUUUAAGCAUUUUAAUGUUUCAUCAUGGAAGAAGGCCUCAAAAGAAGGGGAUGUCACCUCUUCAAUGGACAAGUCGGUGAAGUCAACAGUGUUCAGGAUUGUUGGAUCAAUUCCUGCUGGCAACUAUAUCCAGUUACCAAAGACAAGCUCUCAGUCCCUGGGCCUCACUGGACGAUACAUGUAUCUCCUCAUUAAACCGAUCCCGACAAAGUAUUUUGUUGUUCAUAUAGACGUGGCAACACAGGAUAACCUCGUUGUCAGAAUUUCAUUCUCAAACUUGUUCAAGGAGUUUAAAUCGACUUCAACAUGGUUACAGUUCCCUUUUGUAUGUAAAGCUACACGAGGAACAGUACAUGCAGUAACUGCACUGACGGGUAAAGAAAACAGUGGUCCAGCCCCUCUGUCUACACGAUGGACAAUUCUGUGUCUGGACUUUCAGUACAUUCUAGCAAUGUAUCUCAACAGAAAAUAUUCAUAUAUCAAAGGUGUACGUUUGUGUGCAAACAUGCUCGUGAAAAAUAUCUUUACCAGUGAUAUACAGUAUGAGCCAGGUUUGACAGUUGAACAAGUGAAAAGAUCAGGAGGUUUAUCAGGUGUAUCUCCACUACCGAGAGAGUUGGAUUAUCCUGUGAUGAAAGGAGACAGAUGGCAUGACCUGUAUGACAUGAUUAAAUUCCCAGCUGAAGCCAGCAACAAACCACAUGACACAAUCAAAUCUACUACAUCAGAACCGAGCGUAAAAGCUGUGAGGCCUACAUCAAGUGGACCAAAACGUAUAGAGUCAAAGAAGGUUGAUGCUAGCAAGUGUGCCUCAGAAAGGGUUUCAAUGAUUCACAGCAUUACAAGAGAUACUGACAAGUAUCAUCGUAGACGACCAGUGACAUCUGAGCUACCGUCUGUUGGUGUAGAUGAUAUUGACAUACAGAAGGACAGAGAAGGAGAGAUCCAUGUUUUUGCUCACCCAGACAGUAGUGUUGUUCUGCAUCAAGAUGAUAAAUAUACUGGAGAGAGUAUAGUAGGGAGAGUUGAUAAACCAACAGAUAUACUACCUGUAAAGAAACCUUCAUAUAAGAUACUGGAACCAGAUCCUAUAUUACACCUGCAAAGAAUAAUUGGAUUUGGUGGAAGUUCAUUCAGAGAU